AUGCACGAUCAAAAAGCCAGUCCAUUCUGCAAGUACGCGGGGUGCUUGCACGGGGGGGGGAAAGAGCCAGAAAACGGCCACCCUCACUGGCGGCUCCUCCUCCCCGUUGCGGUCGGGGGCGCCCUGGAGGGCAAGGGCGGCCGCGCGGACGACAGGCCCCGGCCGGCGUUCCCCCAAUCGGGGACCCGGCGGGCGGGGCGCCCUGGAGGGCCCGGCGGCGCCGGAGAGAGCAGGGAGCACGUUUCGCUCCACGAUGCACGAGAAUCGAGCGUGCACCUCACUUGGGGGGGGAGCGAGGACGAGGAGGAGGGAGGAGGAGGAGGAGGAGGAGGAGGAGGAUGGUGA